UUUCGUUUUCGUUUUUGACGGGACGACGGGACGGGGUGGUGAAAGUUUCCACACGCACCUUUUCAGAAGAAAGAAGAAGCAGCAGCAGGCCAUCCAAAAAGGCUGGAAGAAAAUAAUAAAGCUGGAAAAUCGCCUUUUUGCUCGGGGUAAUCUUUCCUCAUAAGGUAUUUCUCGUCAUUCCGCAGUAGUUUGUGAAGAAUCGGUUUCCGUGGUUGUGCAGUGCGCGAUUGGAAAAGAAACUGACAGUCUGCUUCCAGCCCAGGAAGGAAGAAAGGUUUGCAGAAGGUUCGAUAAAGAAUUUUUCUUCGUUCGAAAAGGGGCAGAUCCCGAUGUGUGCUGUUAUUACUGCUGCUUCGCUGGUGGAUUCAAGAGCUACUCUGGGGCGGAAGAUCAGGUGCUGAAGAAACAGCCGAAGACAUUCCGAAUAUCGGGAAAUCUGCAGCGACAAGGAUUCUGCUUAUCAGAUACGUCAACUGCUGAACAAAUUUGGUUUUUGUAUCUGACAAGGAAAGCCAGCACACCACUCUCCCGAGAUGAGUCGGAAGAACGAAACGGAGCGACAGAAGCAGAUCCAGGAAAAAUGUCAAAUGCUACUGACGAAGAUGCUGCGGGAUGACGACAACAAGUACUGCGUCGACUGUGACGCCAAGGGUCCCCGCUGGGCCUCGUGGAAUCUGGGCGUGUUCCUGUGCAUACGAUGUGCCGGCAUCCACCGCAAUCUGGGGGUACACAUCUCGCGGGUAAAAUCGGUGAAUCUGGACAGCUGGACCCCGGAACAAGUGGUCUCCCUAGAGCAGAUGGGUAACUCUAGAGCCCGAGCAGUAUACGAAGCCCUACUACCGGAUGGAUUCCGGCGGCCACAGACUGAUUCCGCACUGGAGAGCUUCAUCCGUGCCAAGUACGAACACAAGAAAUAUCUGGCCAGAGAAUGGGUUCCGCCGCCACCUCCAAAAGUGGAUUGGGACAAAGAGAUUGACGAGGAGAUCGAGCGACAGAAGCGCAAGAAGAAGGCCGCAUCUAGUGGGGGAACCAUUUCGCUGGGUACAUCCGGAUCCGGAUUGAGUACUUCGUCGGAUAAGAAAAGCUCAGUGAGUUCCAAUUCUUCGGCGACGGCUGCGGUUCCACUACCAAAACUUAAGGCUCCAGCCAGCAGUACAAAGACGUCCAGUAGGAAUUCGACUGAAGCGGCCGCAAACUUGGCAGCCAAUAAUGGCCAGACAUCAUCGGACUUGUUGGGGUUGAGUUUGGGUGUAGAAGUAACUCCAAAGAAGACAAAUGGCGAGAGCACGUUGGACAUCUUGUCCAGUGGGGGACCGGACAGGCCAAGUGAGAAAACCGCAGGCGGUGAUGAAUUCUCCAACUUGGCAAAGGAAGAGGCAGACUUUUUCAAUCAAGCUCCUAGUAAAGGCACCGAUGCUCAGGGAAAGCUAACUAAGGAUAAGAUCAUGGCACUUUACGGGUCUGCUCCUACGACAAUGGUGAAUAACAACUUUGGAGGAGCGUUUGGUAGUUUCAAUAGUUUUCAACCGAAUGCUUAUCCUCCGGCACCAAACGUUGCAGCAAAUCCCUAUCAGAUGAACAAUGGGCAACCAUCCGCGGCACCUGGUGGGUUUGGUGCCUUCCAGGCGUUCCCUACGGCAAAUGGCCAGUUCAUGGUCCCCGCCGCGGCGGCGGCGCCGACGAUUCCCAACCCUCAAUCCUCUAAUCUGAUGUACAAUGGACCAUUCCAAUCGGCGGCGACAGCUCAGAGCCAAUCAGCCUUCGGUGCAAUCCAGUUUCCCAAUCCCCUGCAAAGUCAACAACAGAUGCCGGCUACCGGUGGGUUUGUCGGUAUGCCCGGCGCCGUUCCGGCCUUUGCAAACUUUCCCCCGCAGACGGCACAGACUCAGCCCGACAAGCUAAGCAAUCAGUUUGGUAGCAUGAACCUACGAGACAUGUGGCAAUAAUUUACUUUAACUAAGUUCUGGAACUCCUGAAGACUUAUUUACGAAGACACCUACCUACACACACACAAACACGUACUUCUCAAGGCGAAAUGAACUGUGCUAGUAGUGGGAACUGACAGACAAAAACCACUCACUUGGACCACGGAACGAAAGCUUAUCCUAAAUCGAAAAUGGAACCUUGAGGAGGAUAAAACAGAAUUAAAUAUAUUUACUUAUAUAUUUUAAUACUUAAUAUGAAGACGAGCGUUAGGUAGGAACACACGGGCGAAAAAACUUGAGUCUAUAAAGCAUCGAUCAGCUGUUACUAAUCUUGUUAAGUUGAUUCGCUAGAAUUGUUGUUUGGCUUUUAAAAUCUUCGCUAGUGACUGGUAAAAUGAACUUUUCCACUUCUGUUAUUUUCCAAAAUGCCUUUUUUUUGUCUUGAACAGCCUCGGUACCUUAAAGCACUUAACAAACAUACAUUCUCGUGUUACAUAUUUAGUAAUUUUUGGCUUGAUUCAAUGGAUUGAAAAGUAACAAAAUAAACGUACGAAAGAUUAUAUCAUGCACUGUUCUUCACACAAAACAAGACCAAUUUAUUUGUACUGCUAUGUAAUUAGACAGAUUUUCGAUGUUUGUCCUGAUCGAUUAGGUAAGUCAAGCAUCUAUAAAAUGUGCCGCUCAAUAGCGGAAUAGCAGUACAAUCAAAAAUUGGCUCUCAUUGUUUUGUAAUAGAUUUUUUUUAACGAAACACCGUGAUCACAAUUCACAACUACAUGUAUUGGAUGUAUAAACUGACAGGAUAAAGUAAAUUACAGGAACACAGGUGAACCUAUAAUACCUACUAAGUAUAAUAUCGAAGAGCGGGGAGUGACACAAUCACAAACCUACACUUACCCAAACGGAAUGAGCUUCUAGGCACCCGAUCAACCACGAGCCUGUGCGAAAUAAACCACACAGUGUGACAAAGAGCAUCAACAAGUGUAUUUUUUUUCGUUUAGCUUGUCUGGUACUCUUAUCACUCAUGUACACAUACAUGCAUCCGCACGAACACACACACAUGCAAAACAUAAAACAAAAAAACUAAAUAAAACAAAAGUAGGUAUUACAUUUAUACUUAACGAAACAAGAGAGAAGAAGGACGAUAGCCAGAAGUACAUUAUAAACAGUAUAAGGGAAGCUAGAUAAAAGAUUCAAUUACAUAUAGUGCGCGGAAGAAAUAAAAAACAAAACCAGCAUAAGAAGGCAGUACAUAAUUUGUAUAAUACUGCGUCGGUGUAAUUUGCAUAUGUAAACAAUACAACCAGAAAACAGAAAUCUAGUAUUGAUAUAAAAAGUGGAUAUAAGUAAAUGGUAAAUAAAUAGGAAAAUUGAAUACUGAA